AUGUCAUCCCUCCGCCGCUCCGACUCCUCGCAGCUGUCGUCCUUCCUCCCCUUGUGCCCCGAACCCACCUGGCAGAUGAUGUCCACGCGCGGCCAGACUCUGCCCGGUCUCAUCAGGCGGUAUUCCAUCUCAGACAGCACGACCGAACCAGAUGGCCGGCGGGCAGCCCUCGAGACGGAGGUCAAUGAUGAUCUCGAAGCGGGCAGUGCGAGAAUCUCCUCCAACAAUGCUCUCCUGACGAAUGCGAAUGAGCCGGAGCAACUAUCUGCGGCUUCGUCGUCGUCUGUGAGUGAACGACUGCAUCGACGUAGUUCGCUGCUGAUUGGGGAUACGACGUCGCCUUUUCGAUGGCAGGAGUUUUAUACACCCCCAGAACAGCUGCGAAAGCUUCGUAAACCAGUUCGGUAUCUCUACGUGGAUCGCUUGCUCGACUCGUCCAUCGCUCACGACCUUAUCGAGAACUACGAUCGUCAAUGGGCCAAGAAUCGCCGUCGCCUGCAGCUGCAGCCCAUCGCAGAGGAGUCUCCCGCUGAUGAAGCUGAGAAUGGCAGUUAUAGACAGGAUUCUGUUCAUGAAAGCAUAACUACGCACAAAACACAGCAUGUAAACCAUCAGCUGAAUGAAAGAACGCCCCUUCUGUUAUCUCCUACAGAGGAGACACCUUUAUUGGGCCCCAAAAUGGAAUCCGCUCAGAAUACUCGACGCGUCGUUUUGACAGCCAUAUACGUCAAUCUCCUAGCUAAUGUUCUGUUGCUGGCCGCCAAGAUCGUGAUCACCGUCAUGACCAGCUCCGUGUCGGUGCUGGCCAGCUUGGUCGACGCCGCGCUGGACUUCCUCAGCACAGCGAUCGUGUGGAGCACGACCCGGUUGACGGCACGACGGGAUCGACACCGAUACCCCGUUGGCCGGCGACGUCUCGAGCCGGUCGGCGUGUUGAUCUUUGCGACUGUUAUGGUCACGUCGUUCUUCCAGGUGGCCAUUGUGUCUCUCCAGCGGCUGACGGGCGAGGACCACGCCUUGGUCCAGCUAGGGACUGAUGCGAUUGCCAUCAUGGGCGCAACCGUGGCGGUCAAGCUGCUCUGCUGGCUGUGGUGUCGCCGGAUCAACGAUUCGAACGUCCAGGCGCUCGCCCAGGAUGCCAUGACGGAUAUCGUAUUCAACCUUUUCAGCAUCAUCUUUCCCUUAGUCGGCACAUAUGCCAACCUAUGGUUCCUCGACCCAGCCGGUGGUCUGGCCCUCUCGGUAUACGUGAUGGGCAACUGGGCGCGGACAGCCAACGAGCACAUCGCGCAUCUGACGGGCGCCGCCGCGUCGCCCGACGAGCGCAGCGUGCUGCUGUACCUCGUGAUGCGGUUCGCGGCCAGCAUCCGGUGGAUCCAGAACCUGGAAGCGUACCACUCGGGCGACCGGCUCAACGUCGAGGUGGACAUAGUCCUGGACGAGCACACGACGCUGCACGACAGCCACGACCUGGGCGAGAGUCUGCAGCACAUGCUUGAGAGCGUGGGCAAUGUCGAUCGCGCGUUUGUUCAUCUUGACUAUGCGGAGUAUAAUCUGCCGACGCAUAUUGAUCAGGAUGCGAGGGUUGCUAUGCAGUAG